UGUCAUGGACCUGCUGCUGAUGCUGCUGCUGCUGCUCGGUUGUUUUCCUCUGCUAACUCUACAGGAAGCUGCUCUGCGUUUCGCUGUGCUGGCUGACUGGGGGGGCCUCCCUCUCCCUCCUUACUACACUCCCCAUGAGAAGGCUGUUGCUGCAGAGCUGGACACACUGGCCCACACUGAAGGAGUGGACUUUGUCCUCAGUCUGGGAGAUCACUUCUACUUCAGUGGUGUGGACAAUGUGGAGGACGCUCGCUUUAAGCACACAUUUGAAAAGGUCUUUUUUCAGCCCUCUCUGCUGCACAUCCCGUGGUAUUUGGUCGGCGGAAACCACGACCACAAGGGAAACAUCUCAGCUCAGAUAGCUUACUCAAACAUUUCCCACCGAUGGAAUUACCCCGCUCUCUAUUACGACCUCCACUUCACUGUCCCACACACUAAUGUGUCAGUGAGUGUCCUGAUGAUCGAUACAGUGGUGCUCUGUGGAAACACCUACGACCAAAGCCAACCUUCUGGAGCAGAAGACCGACAAGCGGCAGACCAGCAGUGGAACUGGAUCAGGUCCAAACUAGCCAGCAGCAGCAGCAGGUCAGACUACGUGGUGGUGGCUGGUCACUAUCCUGUGUGGUCUAUUGGGAAUCAUGGACCAACGUCUUGUCUGGUGAAAAGACUGAGACCUCUGCUGAAGAAAUACAGAGUCACUGUGUACCUGAGUGGCCAUGACCACAAUCAACAGUUUAUCAGAGAGGAUGAUGGGAGCUCAUAUGUAGUGAGUGGGAGUGGCGUCGUCAGUGACACUGUCACCACUCACAGGGACAGUGUCCCUUCAUCCUGGCAGCUCUACUCCAGUCCUGUCAAUCACACAGUAGGAGCCGUGGCUUACGUCCGCGUCACUGAGCACAAGAUGACGGUCAAUUUCCUGCAGACAAAUGGGAAAUGUGCGUUCCUGGCAGAAAUACCAAAGAAUACGUUGUAACGCUGUAGUGAAGCACAGAGGGUGUGUAUUAUUGUGUACAGUAUGAGCUCAUCUUCACCGAUACAGAGCUGUCCUCAUAUGUGUCUAUGAUGUAGUCAAGGCUUUUCCUCAAGGCUCAGAUUUGGGACACAGGUGUGUGUAACAACAUCUACAGUUACACACACCUGUGUCCUCUGACUCACCAGAGGUUCCGUUUUGUCCUUUUAGAUAAAUAUCACUGAACAUCGAGCAAAGACAUGUGAAUUCACCUUCAGCUUUGUUUACAGGCUGAAGUCCUGAUUCUCUUCACAUGCAGAAUACAGCAAACAAUACAUGUCACAUGUAUUAUACUGUCAUUAUAGAGCAUCUGAUUUUAGAGACAGUGUUUAGCUCCGUAUAUGGUGUGUGUGUGUGUGUGUGUGUGUGUGUGUAUGUGUGUGUGUGUGUGUGUGUGUGUGUGUGUGUGUGACAGAACCAUUUGUCUCAAUCUCAAGACAUUUGUCUGUAACAGUCCAGUGUUUACUCUUUUUUAAGUAGUUCAUAAUGGAUGUGUUAUUAUGUGGACAGACAAAGUUUUAAUCUAAUCUAAGUGAUCUAAAAAUUAAAUAAAACUAGUUUACAAGUGAAUUUAAUCUCAACUGAUUUAUAUAAAACUACACUUUACAUAUUAUUUUAGAACUCUCCUGUGUGGCUGCUUGAGCUAAAACUUAAAAUUUAAAAGGUUUAUUGUAAGUCGCUUUGGAUAAAAGCGUCUGCUAAAUGACAUAUAAUGUAAUGUAAUGUAAUGUUUUGAUGAAAUAAAUUUAAAAUGCAUUUUCACUGUAUUUGUAACAAAUCAUCAAAACUUAUUGUGAACGCGUGUUUUCAAUUCACACUAUAAUAUUUUACUCAUAUUUCACAAAGUAUUUGUUCAUGAAUUGUUUUGUAAAUCCGUGAAAAUGUUUAUUUUGAAGUCGUAAAAUGAUCUACAACAAUCUGACGUAUAAAACAGCUAACAACAGCUCCAUAUACAAACAUGUUAAUCUCCAUUAGACACAAUAAAUUAAGCGUAAUGUACAAAAAUAAUAUAUACAGUACAACACCUUGCUUUCCCAUCGUUUGCAGCUUUCAGCAGUUUCUUAAAAAAACAAAUGCUCGUUGUGACAGUGAUUUCAAGUUAGAAGGGGAAAUGUAAUAAAUAAGAUCAAUGGGUAGUGUUUUCUACAGACAUUAAAUAACACGAGGAAUGGAAUAUACAGCUUCAGUAUGAUAACUGUGUACAGCAGGAGUGUUCACAUCUUUUCUAAUGUCUCUCUGACACAUAGAAUCAAACAUAUUCAGCGCCAGUUUCACAGAAACUAAAGGCAGAGAGGAUUUCCAGUGUUUGACAGCGGACAGUUGAACUCAACUGUCCGUUCAGGACCCGGGACUCAGGACCCAGGACUCAGGACUCGGUCCCAGUUUAGUCGUACCGCUCGUUCUUACAGUGACACACACACACAGGCUACACAUUCUGAAGUGGGACGCCUUCUUUCCCGCCCUUCAGAGCUUUCUUCCUGCGCUUGCAGCAAACCACGGUGACGGCCACGAUUAUCCCGAUCAGCAGCAGGAUGAGGAAGAUGGCCGCCGCGAUCACACUGACGGAAUAUACUGAGGGAGACAAAGUGACACAGAUAUUUACUUUACUUUACUCCACUCACAUGUAGAGCUCAAACAAUUAUUACAUUACAUUACAUUACAUUACAUUACAUUACAUGUCAUUUAGCAGACGCUUUUAUCCAAAGCGACUUACAAUGGAAUUGAGUACAAUCAGCCAGGGGUGGAGUCCAACUUGCGACCAUGAUGUCUUUCGCACACAGUGUACUGGUCUUAACCACUGAGCCACUGCAAUUAAUCGAUGAAUCGAUAUUGUUUAAGCUUCUUAAAUGUGAUAAUUUUCUUAAUUUCUUUGCUCUGGAUAAUAAAGAAAUCAUUAAAAGUGAAAAUCAUCGUUAGUUGCAGCUCUACUCACAUGCAAUCAAACGGACACCACAUGGUUAAGGGGACACAUUUUGUGUCUCAAGUGGUUCAAGGUGCGGCAGAGCACAGGUAUUAAAGCCUGGGUGUAAAUAUGUGGUGAAGACUAUUAGUUUUAUUUCCUUUCUUUUUCAAAAACCCGUCCCAGUGACCGAGAGAAUAACAUAAUGAAAGCAGGACUAAUAGAGGGUCAACACUGCUGUAAUUAUUCUAAUAUACAGAGUUAUGAAAAGGUAAAAAGAAUAUUCCAUAGGCUGUAAUAUUUAUCCUAUAAUACAACUUUAUUUUUCCUCACAGAAUUUCACUUUGAUUUGGAGCAUUAAGAUUUCUUUUUCUACUUUUCUAUACGUAAGUGACAGAAAGAGAAAGUGCUGAAUGUAGAUGAGCUGUAUGAAGGUGUGAAUGAAUGAAUGGAUGUGAACUACUGAAAUAUAGUGACUAUGUUAUAACGGUGUAUUUGUAUUUGAGACGUAUCGCGAUGAGACACAACAUUAAAGCAGAUAACCGGCUGA